AUGGUGGUGGAAAGUGCCAUCAAGUCAUCUCCUGCUUAUGUGGUGGUGACCCUGUAUGCUUUUCAAGACACGUUGCUCUACCCAUAUGGACCCAAAUAUCAGGACACAAGAACCCCUAAGGCAGAUGAUGGGGCCUCCCCUCCAAUUCCCAUCUCUGAGGACUUCUACUUCUUUACCCAGAAAUUUCGGUCUCUUUACGUGAACAAUAAUGGGGUGGUGUCCUUUGACAACCCCGUCAGCCAGUUCACCCCCGAUCCUUUCCCACUGACUGACGGCCGGGCGUUCGUUGCCCCGUUCUGGGCUGACGUUGACAACCGUAUCACGGGCGAAGUGUACCACCGGCAGAGCCGAGACGAGCAACUGUUGAAGAGAGUCACAGCUGACAUCAAUGUUUACUUCCCGAAAGAAACUUUUGUGGCCACCUGGGUCUUUGUGGCCACCUGGGACCGGGUGGCUUUCUACGGAUCCUUGUCCUCCAAGGUGAACACAUUCCAGGCUGUGUUGACCUCCAAUGGCCACUUGUCUUUCAUAAUGCUGCACUACCAGGACAUCCAGUGGACAUCGGGGAAAGCAAGUGGGGGAGAUGCAUUCACUGGCCUAGGGGGCACACCUGCUCAGGCUGGAUUUAACAACGGAGAUGCCAAAAACUAUUUCAACAUUCCUGGGUCUUGGACUCCAAGGAUCAUUAAUGUCAGUUCAACAAGUAAUGUCAUGGUCCCUGGGCGUUGGGUCUUUCAAGUGGACAUCUUUGCAGUGCCCAAUGGCUGCAUUUAUAAAGCUAACUUCCUGUCGUUUGGUGCCAUCAUCUGGAGUGACAAUACCUGUGAAAACAAAUGCCAGUGCAUUUCCGAUGGCAACAGGGUGGUGUGCCAGGCUGGAAAAUGCGCAUCUGAUGAGAUUUGCCAAUCAGCUUCUUUUUACUAUCUGUGCCAGCCAAUGCAUAGAGCGACAUGCCAAGUUCUGAGUGGAUGGCAUUACACUACCUUUGACGGGCAACUUUAUCAUUUCCAAGGCUCCUGCACCUAUGUGCUGUCUCAGAUGUGUAUGCCUUUGCACAAACACAACCUGGAAUAUUAUCACAUAGAGGCAGAUAUCCUGAUGCCAGAAACAGACCUGGGAGCACCACACAUCGAACGCUUGCGCAUGAUGGUCUAUGGGCAGGAGGUGGCCAGUAUUAUAGGUACCACUGAACACGUCCUAGUAAGUCAUCAGAAGUAUGGUUCUCUUUGA